UCGGAAAUUUUGUUUACAAAAAUAUUUUCGUGAAAAUCGCGUUGGCUUCGGUCUACGAUAAAAAUAAAUUAUUUAUUGAUAAAAAUGAAGUGAUUAAAUAUUUCUCGCGGUAAAUCAACACUGGGUUAGUUACAUUUCACCAUGACUCAGUACCUGCCUCCUAAUCUAUUGGCAUUAUUCAAUCCGCGAGAUCCGAUCCGGUACCUUCCGCCAAUCAACAAACUACCAUACGAGAAGAAAAAUCGAGGCUAUGUUGGAGUCUUCGAAUUCAUCAAGUAUUUUGAAGAUCCAAAAGACACACCGCCACCGGUCAAAGUCGAAACACGCGAAGAACGCAAAGAACGACGCAAAAAAGAACGAGCCGAACAGGUAGCCUAUAAGUUGGAACAAGAAAUAGCUUUAUGGAACCCGCAUAACCUACGAGACGCUACAACAGACGCUUUCAAAACCCUAUUCGUCGCUAGGAUCAACUACGACACAUCAGAAUCGAAACUCCGUCGUGAAUUCGAAGUUUACGGCCCGAUUCGUAAAAUAGUGUUAGCGCUAGAUGAAAACACAGGUAAACCUAAAGGUUACGCUUUUAUCGAAUACGAACACGAACGCGAUAUGCAUACCGCCUAUAAACACGCGGACGGUAAAAAAAUCGACGGAAAACGAGUGCUCGUUGACGUCGAACGUGGUCGCACAGUCAAAGGUUGGCUACCUCGAAGGCUCGGUGGAGGUUUAGGAGGUACCAGACGAGGCGGCGCUGAUGUAAACCUCAAACACUCCGGACGCGAAGAUAACGAAAGAGAACGAGAACGAUAUCGAUUAGAACGCGAAGAAUCUACACCUACAGUACGUGAAAGAAGAAGACCCGCCGGUGACGCAGACCGAGAUCGUAGAAGAGCCCAUCGUAGUCGAAGCAGAGAGCGAGAGAAACGUAGAAGAUCUAGAAGUCGUUCUCGCGAACACAGAAGACGCGACGAUAGUGAAAGAGACAGAAAACGCAGUAAAAGAAGUAGAUCUCGCGAAAGAGAUCGUAGAGAUAAAGAAAACAGAGAUCGUAAAGACAGAGAUAGAGAUUCGAAGAAAGGAAUCAUCGAUUCUAAAGAGAAAAUUCGCGUUAAAACAGAACCUCCGGAUGAUUAUCCUGAUUAUUCUAAUUAUUCUUAUAAUUACCAAGGUACUAAUGUUAAAGAGGAAAAAGAUGAAAAAAAAGAAAAAGGUGGGGGUGGCAACUCAGAAAAUUGGACGUAAUUUUGAAACAGUGGUUGUAUAUAAUUUACGAAUACACAUUGCAACAAAUUUCCUCGCCCUGGGGCGAUUUUUGACUGCAUAAUUUUUAGAUUUCAUAUUUAAUUGAACCGAUUUCAUGUUUUCUUUUCUUUGUCUUUUAUUAAUGCCAUUUCAUUUUAAUGUCUUGCUCAAAGAUUAAAUGUUUAUGAUUAUUGUGAGUAACGAAUUUAUCGUUACCUCUGAAAAUAUAUAAAUGUACAGAUCA